GAUAGUCAGGUGGAACAAAUCCAGCAUCCAUCUAUGGGAGGCAUUUAUUCCCCCAGGAAAUUUGGAAGCUGCUUAUUAUAAAGAGCUGAAAACAAGGUCUGGUACAACAGGUUAUGGACAUGCUGCCCCAGGGACAGAUGCCGGGAAAGCCUUUUGUAUGUUCUAUGCUGUCCUGGGGAUCCCACUGACACUGGUCAUGUUCCAGAGCCUGGGUGAGCGCAUGAACACCUUUGUCAAGUACCUCCUGAAACGGAUCAAAAAAUGCUGCGGGAUGAGGAGCACUGAUGUCUCCAUGGAAAACAUGGUCACUGUGGGUUUCUUCUCCUGCAUGGGAACCCUCUGCAUUGGAGCAGCAGCUUUUUCCCAGUAUGAGGAGUGGAGCUUUUUCCAUGCUUACUAUUACUGCUUUAUAACAUUGACUACGAUAGGAUUUGGCGACUAUGUGGCCCUGCAGACCAAAGGGGCCCUCCAAAAGAAGCCACUCUAUGUGGCUUUUAGCUUUAUGUACAUUCUAGUGGGGUUGACAGUCAUUGGGGCAUUUCUAAAUCUGGUUGUUCUCAGGUUCUUAACCAUGAACAGUGAGGACGAGAGACGGGAUGCCGAGGAGCGGGCAUCCCUGGCAGGGAACCGCAACAGCAUGAUUAUCCACAUCCAAGAGGACAGCCAGCAUGUUCGGCCACGGUACAAGGCCGAAGUAACAGACCUUCAGUCGGUUUGUUCCUGCAUGUGUUACAGGUCCCAUGAGUACACCAGCCGGAUGGUGUCGCACCAAAAUUCGUUCAGCUCCAAGCUGAAUCCUCAGUACUUUCACUCCAUCUCUUACAAGAUAGAAGAGAUCUCACCAAGCACAUUGAAAAACAGCCUUUUCCCAUCUCCUGUUAGCUCCAUCUCACCUGGGUUGCACAGCUUUACAGAUAACCACAGGCUGAUGAAAAGGCGAAAGUCCAUUUAAAGUGAUUUGUCUUCUUUUGCUUUACUUGUUUCCCCCAAUUACCUUUUUUGUUUCUUGAGUGAGACGGAGCGAGGCCAAAGGGAAUAGAAAAAGCCAGUCCUCCUCUGAGACUCAGCUCUUGAGCAUGAAGCAUGGAUUAUUACUGUUCCAGAAAAGUAUGCCUUACAUUACCCCCUCGGUGGAUUUCAGAGGAUUCGAGGUGACAUGAAGUGGGUACCAAAUCCAAAGUUGCACACAAAAGCUGGGAGCCUUCAUGUGCCAUUGGCACUCCUGACCUAAUAAACUAUUUUCCUCUCAAGCAGGUCGCUGUGUGCGUGUGCGCGUGUGUGUUGAGUGCGUGUGUGUGCAAUUCCACAACUAGUGCCAUGUGACAAAAACGCAUCAGGUAUUAAUUUUUUUCCCCUUGAAGCAAUUGUGUUCCAGCCUGCUUUUAACUUUUAGACUGCUUCCAAAAGAAUAGGGGACGGGGGAGCCAAUUUGUUUUGUUUUUGCCAACUCAAGCAUGUGUCAUAAGCAGUCAAUAUACCAGGUGUAUCAUGAUAAAUUUUUGAAUGCUAGAUUUUAGAUUGUAUUAACAUAAAAAAAAGAGACAGGAAAAGAUGGAUCAUUUUAGCUUGCCAGUUCAAAAUUAAAAAUAAAAUAAAAUAAAAAUAAAGCAUGCACUUUGUAAAACUGGUAUGCAUUAUAAAAAAAACACAAGAAAAACUAGCAAUGGAAUUAAUAAUCAAAAGCAAAUAAUAUCAUUGAUUUAACUACAUUUACUUUCACCAUUUGCUACUGUUCCAACAAUUUGUUGUGCAAGUAGAAUUUUUUAAGAGAAAUUGGGGAAAUUGUUGGAACUAUAGAGUUUCUUUUUGUUACUUUGGUCUAAUUUAUAAAAUUUAUUAUUAUUAUGAAGGCGAUUAUUUUAUUUUAUUUUUUUGUGCAGCAACUACCUGCAUGAAUAGGAAUUAUAUUUUUUGAAAUGCUUGGAUGAGGAUGGGUAUAAAUAGGCGGAUGUAUAUUUUUUUCCUAUAUAAUAGUGACAAGGCAUUCCUUGUUUUAAAUAAAUAAAAAAAUAAUGA